GUGUUUUCCUGUUUGCAACAACAACCAAACUAUAAAAGAUGAGCUCAGGAACUAAAACAGAAUAUUGAGGCAUCAGGAAUUCGACAAUUCAAGAGCAAAGACCUAGAAAAUGAAGAGAACAGUUAUCUUGCUGAUAGUGGUGGUUGUGCUCAGUCAAAGCUAUGCUUUGAAAUGCAACUGUGGAGGACUGAAGAGUUGCCCCAGUGGUGGAGUGGAAACGUGCCGUAGCUUCAGUGAUGUGUGUGGUAGUGUCAUUAUAACUGCUGGAGCAAUUCCUAACUACUUCAGUGGCUGCAUGUCUGCGUCCCAGUGCACCUCUCUCAAUCAGCCUGGUAUAUCCACUGCUUUCUGUUGCAGAAGAGACCUGUGCAACAGAUGAAUGCAGAGGUUUCAGACUGGAGGGGUAAAGGGUACUGUUUAUCCAGGGCCCUUUACAAAAUCUGUAAACUGUAUGCAGUUUUUAUGAAGUGAUGUAAUACUUGCCCACCAAGAUGAUUUGUACUCAUGAUUUGUACCCAGAAUGUACCACUCUUCCUGGGUAAAUGUAAAUUUGUGAUUGGAGCAAAUGUCAAUAAAGACUGUGCAUGAA